AUGGGCGGAGCUGGAACCUUCCAGCACCGGGACCGGGACCAGGACCGUGCGGCGAGGAGGAGCAGGGAGUGCGAGGGAUCGGCGGCGAUGGAGGUGGUCACGGGGGGAGGGGGACGGGAAGGUCCCCGGGUUGGAGGUUGGAAAAAUCUUCAGCCAGAUGAGCCCCAACAUCAUCUCCCUUCUCAGACAUGGACCAACAGCAUCAACCAGGCCAACAAGAUGGCCCUGCUGGCCUGGACCAAAGAAACUGGCAUCGACCUGGUGCAGAUCAAUGGGCAGAGGAAAUGGGGUCCCCCUCCAGGUAUGCUGGGAGGGUGACCCCCGCCGCCCUCGGGCACCGAGGUGUUCAUCGGGAAGCUGCCUCAGGACCUCUACGAGAACGUCCUGAUCCCCCUUUUCCAGAGGGUGGGCAGACUCUACGAGUUCCGCCUGAUGCUGACCUUCAGCGGCCUUACCGCGGCUUUCGCCUACGCCCGGUACAGCGACCAGCGCGGCGCCCGCAGGGCCAUCGCCACCUUCCACAACUUCCAGCUCCCAGGAUGCAGCAUCGUGGUCUGCAAGAGCACGGAGAAGGAGCUGAGCGUGGAAGGGCUGGGAGGCUGGGUGAGCCCCGGGGAGCUGGAGGCCAGGCUGCGGGAGGUCACCCAAGGGGUGCUCAGUGUCACCCUGCACGCCAACCCCCGGCAGCCCCGGGGACAGCUGGCAGUUCAGUACAGCUCCCACCGGGCUGCUGCCCUGGCCAAGAAGACCCUAAUGGAAGGGAAUGUCAGGCUCGGUGGGUUGCAGGUGAGGGUGAGCUGGCUGAACCAGGACCUGAAGCAGAAGCUGCAGUCAUCCCAGAAGAAGCCAUCGUCCACCCAGGUGCAGGGGGACAAGCUCCUGGGUGUCCCCAGGCCACCCCCCCUGUCCCUGCUGAUGCACAAUGUCCUGGAGAACCUCAACACCCUGUGCCAGAGGCAGUGCCGGACACCCCUCUACCUCACCAAGCUGUGUCCAGGCCAACCCAACGGGUGGCUGCAGUUCUGGUGCCAGGUGGUGAUCCCAGGGUGUCCUGCACCCUUCAGUGGCUUCACCUGGGUCCGGCAGGAGGGGCCAGGCAGGAGGGGACACGAGAAGGCCAAGGUGGCAGUGGCACUCUACGUUCUCCAGGUGCUAGGUGAGUCCUUGUCCUUCCCCAAAGCCUUGGAGCAUCUCUUGGUUGAAAACACUCCUCGAGGUCACACUACUAGGGACAGGUGA